AUGGCGGGCUCUGAAUCACAGCGUGCGAUGUUUCGCCUUCCAGUCGAGCUCUGGUGGGACAUCUUUGACUACCUCGACACCCCGCCUCUGCAUCUUUCCCGUCGUGGACAGCACGUCGUGCUUUCUGACUGCUUGACACCCAACCCCUCCUGCGAUGAUGAUGGAGCCGAGCGAUACCCUGGAGUGGAAGCCACACCGCGCAACUCAAUGAUGAACGAAAGGCAAUGGGGUGAUGCUUGGUACGAUGGUAUGACCUGUUCAAAGGGUGACAGAGACGCAGAUAUCAUCAUGGGGAAGCGCCUACGGUCAACUUGGGGUCCUCAUUGGAGGUGUGAGGCAGCUCCUUCAAAUGGCGAUCUUGGAGUGAGGAAGCUUCUCCUGGUCUGCAAGCACAUUGAAGCCAUCGAGUACAUGGUUCACUGCCUCGUCUUUCACGUCACCGACUUGAAUACCCUCGACGCCCUUUGCAAGACCCAGCAUACCGCAGAAGAUUCAAAGAAAGUGCAAGAAAUGGCUCUUCAAUGGACGCAAGCGUGGCCGGCCGUCGCUGCGCUAAAAGGCCUCCAAAAGAUCCGAGUUGAACUAGACCACACCAACUGGUGUUCCUGGUCCGUCAUCAACGAGCGUGCGGUUCUGUCUUCGCUCGGCACACUCAAGGCUCUUGUGCCCGGUCUCGUACUCAAUGUUGUUCUUCCCAAUCUUCGUCCGUUCUAUGAAGAUAUAGACCGUCAUUUCACCCAUGACAGCCUUGAAUCAUCUUUUCCGAUAACCCGCCGAGUACGCCAAAAGUAUCAUUGCCGGCAGAGCCCCGGCGGUCGCUGGAGCAUAGUACGAUCAACAUAUGAUACCUUCCUACUUUGGGCUCCUGUGGAGCUCGAGUUGUUGAAGGUUGGGCCACAUCCAGUCUCCCAACCGUCUCCAGAACAGUAUCGAGAGAUGGUCAAGAAAGAACGGCAAGGGUGGAGGAACGGCAUAGACUAUCAUGACUACAUAGCAGAAGUGUUGGAUUCGCCACCAAUAUGUUACGGCUGA